AUGUGGGCGGGCGAUGGAGCCGGGGAGGCCCGGGCCUUGCUGGAGGCGGCGCGGGCGGAGGUGGCGGCCUUGGAGUCCAAGGCGCGGGAGCCGACGGAGACGGCCUGGCGCCAGGCCUUGGCCUCCGCCGAGGAGGCGGUCGCCAAGGGCGCGCUGGUGGCGCCGGACUUGGGCGCCGCCGCCUUGGCGCAGAAGGCGCGGGCGCAGAUGGCGCUGGGCCAAGUGGAGGAAGCCGCGCAGAGCUCCGCCAAAGCCGGCGAGAUGCUGCAGAAAGUGGGAGGCAAAGCGGACUCCAAGCUUGCCAGGCUGGUGCAUGCGCCGCUGGGACCCAGCACGCUGAUGCCUGGAAAGGACAUGCUGGAGAAGGACAACGGCCUGGUGACGUUGCCCGAGGACCCCGUCGAGCAGGAGGCGGACCAGAUCUUUGCGCAGCGGGUGGCGGUGGCCAAGGCCAAGGUGCAGCCGACGGCCCUGGUUCGGCAGAGCAGCGGGCUCUUGGUAGAGGCCUCAACCAGCUUGCCUUUCCAGGUGGCUCUGCGCCGGGACCAGGUUGGGGCGCCGGCGCAGGUGAUCGCCCGGUACUUCCGUCAUGCGCGGAGUGUUAACACGAUGCCCAUUAUGGACCUCCCAGGCUGA